GUAGCACGUCUUCCUCCUUCAGGCUCAGGGAACAUCACAUCACUCCUGCAAAAACUCCUCUCAAACUAAGCGAGCAACAGGACAGAGAAGAUGGGAUUUUAAACUGAAGACUCGACAUGAAGACAUACUUCUAGUUUCCUUGCAUACGUUUGGGUCGUUUUCUGCGGAGCAAGUUUACACCUUUGCACUGGAUGCUGAGAUGCGCAGAAAGUGACAGGGGUCCUCAUCUCUUCUUCAGUGCUCAACGAGUUAUAAAACGCCAUGAAAGACGACUUUGCAGACGAGGAGGAAGUACAGUCUUUUGGAUACAAGAGGUUCGGGAUCCAGGAGGGCACCCAGUGCACCAAGUGUAAGAAUGAUUGGGCGCUGAAGACCUCCAUAGCUCUGCUCUAUGUGCUGUGUACCCUCCUCACCAUCGCUGUGGCUGUGCUUGGAUAUAAAGUGGUGCAAAGAGUUGACACUGUGUCCGAAGGUAUCGCUAACUAUGGAGGAAAGAUAAUUGCUGUCGAGACUGAUUUGAAAAAGCUAGAUGAUCAAGCAGGGGCGAAGUCGGAGAAUACCACCACAGAGAUCCAGGCUUUCAAGAACAACAUCUGGUCUCUCCAGAGGCAGCUGUCUGCGGUGGAAGAACGCAUCCACAGCGAUCAAGUUAAGCUGAGUCAGCUGCAGAACAUUGGCUCAGACAUCCAAAACAGCCAGGGCUCCAUUCAGGGAUCGCUGGAUAGCAACACAGCCACCUUGCACUCUGUAAAUGGCACGCUGCAGUCUCACGGCGGCGCCAUUGGAGGCCUGCAGGACGACACCACACGACUUCAGAGAGAACUCCAGCAGCAGGUGAAACUUCAGGACCAGGCCCUGCUCAGCAUCAGCGGCCUCAACUUCACCCAGGCCCAGCAGAGAGACCUCAUCGCUGUACUGCAACGCUCAGUGGAAGACACUACCCAGGCCAUACAGAAAAUGCGUAAUGACUUUCAGAGCCUGGAGCAAACGGCCAGACAGACGCGUUCGGACACUGAGUGGCUCCGUGGUAAGGUGGAAAACCUCCAGGUCAUGGCCGGCAACACCUCAACUCUUGCAAAAGCCAACAACGACAGCCUGGAGGAGGUGGGAUCACAACUGGCUUCGGUGGCCAACCAGAUCCAGAACACCAGCAGCCUGGCUGAUGCCCACGACCAGACCCUCAGGGAGGUGUUGGACCGGCAGAGGGACUUCAGUAACUUUACAUCCACCAAGUUUGACCGGCUGGAAGUGCGGCUGGAUGAGUCCGAGCAGAGUAUGGACCGUGUGACCGGCAACAUCAGCUUCACCACGCAGCUCCUGGGCGCCAUCAACCUCAACCUGAACGACCUGCGCACUUGUUCCGAGACCGUCGGCCGCCACUCUGACUUCUUGGUGAACCUCAACAACAGCGUGACGGACGUGAGGACAGAUGCGUCCAGUCUGAGGUCUCAGCAGGAAGAGCUGGGAGCGCGUAUGGACAAGGAGGUCACCAACCUCUCUAUUGUCAUGGAGGAGAUGAAGCUGGUUGACAACAAGCACUCACAGCUAAUAACCAACUUCACAAUUUUAAAGGGCCCUCCUGGUCCCAGAGGUUCAAGAGGGGACAAAGGACCCCAGGGAUCAGCUGGUCAGCCUGGCCAGAAGGGAGAAAAAGGUGAAAAGGGUGGUCCGGGGAUACGAGGACCCAGAGGAGAGCAGGGUAUCCCAGGAUCACCAGGUCUACCAGGGUUAAAAGGCAUGCCAGGCGUACCCGGCAACCCCGGGUCAAAGGGCUCCCGAGGGUCAGGAGGCAGGGCCGGACCUCCUGGGACAAAAGGAGAGCCGGGUGCUAACGGUCUGCCUGGAAGAGACGGACAGCCUGGUCCUCAGGGGGCACAGGGCCCCCCGGGUAUCAGAGGGGCAAUGGGGUCAGCUGGUGAGCCGGGUCCAAGGGGACUGCUUGGGCCAGUGGGGCCUCCAGGGUCUCCGGGACCCCCAGGACAACCGGGACAACAAGGGGUCCCAAUCCGGGCUCCAUCAAUUCCUAUGGGCCCUGUGUCUCUGCAGGAUGAGGCAGUAGCUCCUACUCUUUGGGCCCCAGGAUGCCCUUCUGAGUGGGCACACUACAGAGGCAAGUGCUACUUGUUCUCCAAAGACCUGCACAGUUUCGACGAUGCAAAGGCGACCUGUGAAUCAUCUUCUGCUUCAUUGUUGAUCAUCAACGAUGUGGAGGAACAGAAAUGGCUGAAGAAGCAGACCUUUGGAAAAGGCUACUUCUGGAUGGGUCUGACGGACAGGGAGGAGGAGACCGCUUGGCGCUGGCUGGAUGGGACUGAACCUGCUUUCACGAGGUGGAAGCCCGGUCAGCCUGAUGACUGGGGCCACGGGCAUGAAAUGGGAGAAGACUGCGCAGGGCUCAUCCAUGAAGGGCUGUGGAAUGAUUUCUUCUGUGAAGAUCUCAUAAGCUACAUCUGUGAGAAGGAAAUGGAUACCACAAGUUUGCCUGAAUCGUAGCGAUUUCUUGGAAGGGAGCUUGCAGUGAGCAGCUAGACUUCCCCCAUGUGGCACUGGUCCACCAGCACAGCACAUGGAGAGUCCGUACGGAGAGAGAAAAGGGACAAUUUUGAAAUAAGCCCAGUGCUGCAGUAGAGAACGUCUCUUUCAUGGGGAAGAGAUGCCUUUCUCCUCCAAAGUGAACACAGUCCAACAUUACCAGCAAGUGCAAUACAGCAGGGCAAUCACAGAAGGAGGACUUUUAUUUUUUAAAGUACCAAAUCACCAACUGACUUAUAUAUAUAUAAAUAUUUUUAUGGUUAUUUUAAAUACAUUUUAUAAAACUGUAUUCUGCGUGAAUGUCUGAAUGUAUAUUUGAUUAUGCAAGUUUUGUAGGAAGUUAUUCACUCUAUGAAGCCAAGUGGACUUAUCGUAGUGCUUUUCAUAACAUGUACUGUAAUAGUCUUAAAAUGAAAAGGUGCAAAAUGAUGCGCUAAAAACAUGAAAUGUCGCUGAUAUGCUAUCUUUGAGGAACCGUUUAUCUCCCCUCAUGAAUGUCUAUAUAGCAUUUUCCUUUAUAUGAGUAGAAUCGAAGUAAGCAUUUACACAUUAAUACAGAAAUAUGUCAAAAUCAGCUUGUUUUAGUUCAAGACUGCACAUUUACAGUUUAAUAUGUUACAGUAUGUUGUGGUUAUGAGAUUUAUUUUUCACUAUUACAGACGUACAUAUGCUAAUGAAUAUGAAUCUGUGGAUCCUACAAAUAUAAAAUGUGCCAUUUUAUGCACUCAGGUAGUUUCCUGUGAAGAAAAACACUUGAGUUUAACAACACUACGAAAAAUGAAGGAAACGCUCAAAUAAAUAUGUAAAAACCCACAA